CCUGCGGGAGGAGAUUUCUCUGCAAGGCAGUCCUGGCUGAGACCCACCCCCUGGCGCUCGGCCGGUUCCCAGUUCUUGCGCAACCCCUUUGGGGACCGCGUGCUAGGGAACUCCUGCAGGGGCCAGAAGAGGCGAGGGCCGGCCUUCACCCCACACCCCCGGUGACGUCGGUUCGACUCCGGCUUAAGCCGUUUGGCCGCCUCCUCCAAACCACCAGAACUCCUUUGGAUCACCAUCGACGAUGGCUGGAAGUCACCGCACCGGGCGAAGCAUCGCCGUCUUUCGGGAGGUCUUGGAGACGGCUCUGCGCCCUCGAGGUGGGAAGGACCCCAGGUCGUGGUUGUCGUGUCGUAGGCAAUUAAGCUCCAGUAGGACCCCUCAGACUCUGAAGACCCUCCCUUCUCUCUCCUCAACACUAACUGUGAAACAGCAGCGCCGGCCCUUCAUGAAUUUGGCAGCUCCUCUGUUUGGUGCCAGCAAGCGCACAGAAUAUGCAGAAGCCCAUCAGCUUGGGUAUUCUGUUGAGCAGAUGUACGACAUUGUGGCCGACGUAGCCAGCUAUCGGUUUUUUGUCCCUUGGUGCACCGGCUCCCGCCUCCUGACCCACCGCAGCAACUUCUCACGAGCUGAAUUGGAAGUGGGGUUCCCUCCUGUGGUCGAGCGUUACAUCUCUGAGGUCUCAUUGGUGCCACAUCGUCAGAUCCGAGCCGUGAGUAAAGACGGGCGGUUAUUUCAGCACUUGGAAAUGCUGUGGCAGUUUGGGCCAGGACGUGCCGGUCAUCCGGACACUUGCACACUCAGCUUUUACGUUUCCUUUGAGUUCCGGUCGAUUCUUCAUUCUCAGUUAGCCAACCUCUUUUUUGACGAGGUUGUCAAGCAGAUGGUCUCAGCCUUCGAACACCGGGCGGAGAAGCUGUACGGCCCGCAAGCGGCAGUCUGGCAGCGCAAGACAGCUUUUUGCACGUGACCAAGACGGAUGUGAAGUCCAUCUUUGUGCUCCAGCCAAGCAGUUCUCUACCAACAAGUCUAGAUUUCUUUCCAGACACCCCUUUACGGACAGUGUUUUAUUUAUGCCUAUUUAACUCAUCCAACCCUCUAACUAAAUUAUGCAACUGAUGGUGUAUUUUAUAGACAGUUUUGUUUGAGGAUAAUUUAUUGGAUAUUUAAUUCUAGCUUAACUCUGGCAAUGACAGAGAACGGCCAGUCAUUUUAUUGAAUAAAAUUUAAUUUUUUCCCCAGGAUAUUUUUUAUUAUUUUAAACAUCAAUAAAGCGUAUCCCCCUCCCUCUAAUUUAUGUUGUUCUUUUUUAAAGAAUCCUUUGUUUUGCAACCC